GGAGAGAAAAGCUGCUUGCACUUUGCUGCACUUUUGGAAAGUUCGAAAUCUGAACGUUCCCUGGAAAAGGAAACAUGUUGACAGUACAAAGAUCACAGGAGGGGUGAGAGUGUUGGCAGAAGAGGACGAGGGAAGCAGUGGAUGAAGCCCGCGGAGUCCCCCCGAGGCCCAGGAAGGAGGUAAAGGAAGGAUCGUUGGCCUGCCGGUUCUGCCUCCCCUAAACCCGCAAUCUUCUCUGACUCCGAGAACUGAGCCCCUUUCUGGACUCUGGGCCACAAUGAUUAACAAUUACCAGGAUCUUACCACUCUGGAUGUAGAGGACGACGGUGAAACACAUGUCCAAAAAGCCCCCCCGAGGCUGCCCCCCACCCGCCUGUGGAGGCCCAACCUGUGCCCUAGCCGUCGCCUGGUGCUCAUCCUGCUGGGGCUCAGCGGCAUCCUCACCCUCACAGCCAUCGUCUUUGGGGCCAAGAGCAAUGCCUUCAGCUCCCAGCUGCAGGGGGUGCAGGAGACGCUCCAAAGCAUGAACCAGUCGGUCGGUGCAGAGAUGGCCUCUCUUCAGACCCAAGGGAAGGACACCGAGCUGAAAAUGACGCAAGCGGAGGGGGAGGUGAAGCAGCUGACAGAGCAGACGGAGGCAGACAAUGCGAGGCUUCUGGCCCAGGCGUUGGCGUUGCAGAGCGAGCUCCGGAGCACCAUCUGCGACCUGGAGGAUUUCAAACACAGCCGAACAGGUGGCCAAGAAACCUGCUGCCCGAAGGGCUGGGUGGACUUCCGGAAAAACUGCUACUGGGAGUCCAGAGCAGACAUGACUUGGGAAGACGCAAAAGUCGACUGUGAAGACAAAGGCGCCCACCUGGCGAUCAUCAACUCCUACGAAGAGCAACGAUUCCUGGCGGUGCGUGUGAAAAAUUAUUUGAUGUGGAUUGGCUUGACGGAUGCCAGUGGAAGCUGGAAGUGGCUGGACGGGACGUCCUACACUGUCCGUGAACAGGACUGGGCGCCAGGCCAGCCUGACAACUGGUACGGCCAUGGCCUUGGGGGAGGGGAAGACUGCGCCCACUUCACCGACAACGGCCGCUGGAACGACGACCACUGUGCUCACCGCCAUGGCUGGAUUUGCGAGAUGGAGGCGAAGCAGCAGCAGUGAGGCGGAGGAGGGAGAGGUCCUGCCCCGAACCCUUGGGCUUCCUUUCCUUGGGCCGUCUUCAGCCUGCGACAGAGAGGUGCCGGCGUGCUGUAGAGGGGACGAAUUCAUUCCACAGGGUGGCUCACCCACAUCCCCACCAACUCUGGCCUCCCACUUCGCGCCUCCCCCUCCUCCCCCUCCAGCUUUACUCCCCCCCCGUUUCGCUGCCCCCCAGCCCCCUCUUCCUCCUACUCCCUACCUGCCCCUCCUGCCGGCCAAUGGCCCAGUUUCUGGCUCUCCCCCCACUUCUCCCCCCCGCCACCCCCCCAUCUGCGCCUUUCCUCAGCCUACUCUUGCUGACGUCUCCCCCCUCAGCAGUGAGGACAGAUGUGUGUUUCGGGUCACUGAUCUCGAGAACACGGGAGGCUCACAGCCCACAAUAAAAGGCCCUUGGGAGCCUCUUCUGGACGA